AGCAGACAGCUUUUGCCCACUGACUAUUACCUCUCAUCCCGCCCGCGAGCGCAUUGGCAGACAUUGGCGUACAGUGGCGGAGCAUGGCGGCAGGGGCAGUUCAGCAGGCGUACCUAGAUAUAGUGGGCUCCAGCCUCUUCGCUACUCCCUCCGCAGCCCGCCCCCCACCAACCAGCCCAGCCAGUGGCCACAUCCGAAGCACACACCCUCGCUAGGAUCCCCGAAAUGAACACUCUUCCUCAGCAUGUUAUGCUGGAGAUCUUGUCUCGCCUGCCAACCUUAUCAGACUUCUCCACCCUCACUUCCGCAAGUAGGGAAUGGGCACUGGUUGGUCGAACGCCGUAUGCCGUGCUAGCCUGUCUCAUGGAGCAGGCCAACGCAAAGUUUGCCUUGAGGGCCGACUGGGCGGAUCCUGGAACUCUCAUUUCUAUUCCGUUGCAGUAUAUAAUUGAACGGUUCAAGGCACUUUCCCAUCGUCAGAUCGAUUCAGAAUAUAUCUUUGACCUCGACUCCAGCCUUUACCGGGAGUUCGAUAGGAUCGAUGUGGUGCCCGAAAGAUGGAAGCCUUCGAACCGCCCCGAUACACUGCAAGCCCAAGCCAAAGUUUAUCAGGAACGGAGUGCUACGGGAUUAUCCAGGACGCCACCGGCUUACGGAUCCCAGGCUUUUUUGAUCCAGAUAAUCAGAUUGACGGGACGAAUGUACAAGAGCGAAAUCCAGAAGGAGUCGGACCUCGGUAUUCGAUCAGACUACUUCAGCUGGCUGAUGAAGCUGAACUGGGCAUACUCUGAUGAGGAGAGGAAGCGAACCUAUGCACUCUCAAUUCCUUUCCUCGCCGUUAACCUCGAAAUCACCGGCUGGACGCUAGAGGACAUUCGCCCUGCUGUAUCAUGGUUGCAAGUGGAGGACCUAGUUGAAGCAUUCCUGCUUGCGGAUAUUCCAAACCUGGCGAUCAUCACCAAGCCAUUCAUUCAUGUGACUGUUCGUGGAACCCUUCUGUCCGCCAGUAUGGCGCUCGGGUGGUCGGGAGUGGUCAACGUGCUUUUGAAGAAGCACAAGGUUGAUGUUACCGUCAACGACAACGAGGCGCUCCGUGUUGCCUGUCGGUAUGGGCUCUUCGGAUUGGCCAAGCACUUGAUCAUAGACCAUGGCGCCAUUCCGCCGAUCAAAGCUCAGAGCCCGCGGUCGGAUACGCAUGGCCUGGGUCUGCCCUUAAGCUACGCCGCUGCUUGGGGAGAUCGUAACAUGAUCGACUUUCUCAUUGACCAAACAAAGCCAGAUGAGAGUGGCGAGGUGCUUUUCAUGGCGACUUCGGCAGCCGCCCACCCUGCACAUUGUACGUACCCUCUCCGGCCGGAGCUCCAAUCGCCUCCUCCGACUUUGUUGACUUAUCUAUUGGAUAAAAACUGCGCUUUGGGGGAGUACAAGGACAUGGCGUUGUUUGCCGCUGUCAAUAGCAUAGAUAUAAUCAGGCCUAUCCUGGAACAUCCCGCGGUAUCGAAGUUUCCCGAUCUUGCCAACACUGCAUUGAUUUUCGCUGCUCGGGUGUGGAACUGCGAGGUCAUCCGGUACCUCGUAAAAGAGUGCGGGGCAAAUGUCAAUCACCGCCAUACCCUCGAAAACGGCGGGACAAUUACUCCAAUGUCUUCGGCUAUGAUCAACAUUGAACGGGACGGCAAAGAUGGUUUUGCAGCCCCGGAUCUCCUGCUGGAACUAGGUGCGCUCGCUGACGACAACACACCUUUCGAUCAUUUGUUCGUGUGGUGGUUCGAAGGCCGCCCCGUUAACCCUCUUCACGACCUGGCGGAUUACAAGGAGAAGUUCCUCAACUAUGGAUUCAACGUUCAGGUCGCCGGGGCUCUUCACAUGCCCCAGGACGAGGCGCAAGCCCACCAGGCCAAGCUCAACCGUCGGUUGGACGAAUUGAUCAGGUCUUCGUUGGACGAAUUGAUCGGGUCUUCAUUUGGUGCGUUCCUUGGCGAACCUGUCGAUGACGAUAACGAUGAUGACGAGAAUGAAGAAGGGCUCACAUCGGAAAGUUAUUUGGACGAUGCAGACGAGGGCGAAGUCGGCAACAACCUCGAGACCCUCCAUGACGAAGGCGAAGACGGCGUGAACUUGGAAAUCCAACAUGAAGAGCAAGAACAAGAACAAGAGAUGGUGGAAUCGUCUGAAGAAGGGGAAUUUGACGAGGAGGAAGAAUGCGACGACGAACAGGACCCGGAAACCGUCGACUUUACAAACCUCCAUAAGCAGCUUGACACGUUCGGGCAAGAGGAGAAUCGUUACACUGGCAUCAAGUACUUGCUCGAGCACGGGUUCUGCAGCGACCUCAAAGACAUGGAGUACUACCAGCGCUACGCCCUCAAGUGGGGCCCAGAAUACUACGGUCUAUGGCGCCACUUCAUGAUCCGACGCGGGGCCCCAGUUUACCCCGAGAAGCGUCUAUGUGAAUGCCCACGGCAUCGGGAACAGAGAGCAUAGGACGAGAAAACGGAAGUUGCGACAGGCAGCAUAGUUCGGCAUCCACCCAUUCCUCAUCUUUUCUCGCCGAAGCUGGACUUUUGCGGAUGUGGAUCAAGUAGCCGGCGGGACCUCUUGUCGACCCCGCGCGUUAGUAGAUUAGUAGAUUUGUAGCAGAAGGUGGGGGAAUGGUUUCCAUAGAGUACACAGUAAAGUAUGCUAUUUUCUAUAGAUUUUGGAUAUGUA